GCUAUUUCAGUCCAUUGCAAGUGAGAGGGGAGGACGGGCGCGAGUUAGCGACACAUCCCACGGGUUUUAUGUUGCUGCUUUUGAGCCGUCAAGUGUCUCUGUCACUCGUUCGACAAGUCACACACCGAAGUCUGAUUUCGCUGUCAAAGACUGUUUUUUUGAAGCUACGAGCAACUACACUCAGCAUUAGACGUUGUACGGUUUCAGUUAACGCUACAAGCCAGCAUUUAGUCACCAUGCCUGAGAGGAGGCCCUUCGUACGGUUGCCCACUGACGUCUACCCCGUAAACUACGGGCUGUGUUUGAAGCCCGACCUCAUCGACUUCACCUUCGAGGGCAAACUGGAGGCAGCCGUAGAGGUUAGACAAGGGACAAACCAGAUAGUGAUGAACUGUGCUGAUAUAGAUAUUAUCACUGCAUCUUUUGCACCAGAAGGGGGGGAAGAAAUUAACGCUACGGGAUUCAACUAUCAGAAUGAGGAUGAGAAGGUCACUUUGUCAUUCCCCAGUGCUCUUCAGAAAGGGUUGGGUACAUUGAAGAUUGACUUCGUUGGAGAGUUGAAUGACAAAAUGAAAGGAUUCUACAGAAGUAAAUAUGCAACUCCUUCAGGAGAAAUCCGCUACGCUGCUGUCACACAGUUUGAGGCCACGGAUGCUCGCCGAGCUUUCCCCUGCUGGGAUGAGCCAGCUAUCAAAGCCACCUUUGACAUCACCCUCAUUGUCCCCAAGGACCGAGUAGCCUUGUCAAAUAUGAAUGUCAUUGAUCGAAAGCCAUAUCCAGAGGAUGACAGUCUGGUGGAGGUGAAGUUCGCCACUACACCCAUCAUGUCCACGUAUCUGGUGGCAAUUGUAAUUGGUGAAUAUGAUUUUGUUGAGGGCCAGACGUCUGAUGGCGUGACAGUCCGCGUGUACACACCUGUGGGAAAAGCAGAGCAAGGGAAGUUUGCACUGGAGGUGGCUACAAAGACUUUACCUUUCUACAAAGACUAUUUCAGUGUUCCUUAUCCGUUGCCUAAAAUUGAUCUAAUAGCGAUUGCUGAUUUUGCUGCUGGUGCCAUGGAAAACUGGGGCCUUGUUACUUACAGGGAGACUGCUCUGCUGAUCGACCCAAAGAACUCGUGUGCGUCCUCGCGUCAGUGGGUAGCCCUGGUAGUGGGGCAUGAGCUGGCACACCAGUGGUUUGGGAAUUUGGUUACUAUGGAGUGGUGGACCCAUUUGUGGCUUAAUGAGGGUUUUGCAUCAUGGAUCGAGUACCUCUGUGUGGACCACUGUUUCCCUGAGUAUGACAUCUGGACACAGUUUGUGUCUGCUGACUACACUAGGGCUCUGGAUCUCGAUGCUCUUGAUAAUAGCCACCCCAUUGAGGUUAAUGUAGGACACCCCUCAGAGGUAGAUGAAAUCUUUGAUGCCAUAUCUUACAGCAAAGGCGCCUCCGUUAUACGCAUGCUGCACAACUACAUAGGAGAUGAGGAUUUUAGGAAGGGAAUGAAUGCUUACCUUUUAAAGUUUCAGCACAAAAAUGCAUCAACAGAGGACCUAUGGGACUGUUUGGAGCAGGCUAGUGGGAAGCCCAUUGCCGCAGUAAUGAACUCUUGGACCAAACAGAUGGGGUUCCCCAUUAUUGUAGUGGACCAAGAACAGCAAGGAGAUGAUAGAGUACUGAAGAUAUCUCAGAGGAAGUUCUGUGCUAGUGGACCACACAAUGGGGAGGAUUGUCCUAGCUGGAUGAUCCCCAUUAGCAUCUGUACCAGUGAAGACCCCAGCUGCUCCAAGAUAAAGGUUCUUUUGGACCAGCCUGAAAGUGCUGUCACCAUCCCCAACCUUGGACCAGACAAGUGGGUCAAGAUAAAUCCAGGUACAAUAGGCUUCUACAGGAUCCAGUACAGCUCUGCCAUGCUGGAGAGUUUGCUGCCAGGCAUCAGAGACCUCACCUUGCUUCCCGUGGACCGCCUGGGCCUUCAGAACGACCUAUUCUCCCUGUCUCGUGCUGGUAUGAUCAGCACAGUGGAGGUUCUGAAGUUGAUGGAGGCAUUUGAGAAUGAGCCUAACUACACUGUGUGGAGUGACCUGAGCUGUAACCUGGGUGUGCUCUCCUCUCUGCUGUCCUACACUGACUUCCAUGAGGAGAUCCAGGAGUUCAUCAGAAACCUCUUCACUCCCAUUGGCCUAAAGCUGGGCUGGGACAGCAAACCUGGGGAAGGACACUUGGAUGCUCUGCUGCGGGGAUUGGUUUUGGGGAAGCUGGGCAAGGCGGGACACAAGGCCACGCUGGACGAGGCUCGGAGGAGAUUUAAACAGCAUGUGGAAGGCAAGCAGAUCCUCCCUGCAGACCUCAGGAGUCCAGUCUACCUGACAGUUCUGAAGCAUGGGGACAGCUCAACGCUGGACACAAUGUUGAAGCUCCAUAAGCAAGCGGACAUGCAGGAAGAAAAGAAUCGUAUAGAGAGAGUUCUGGGAGCAAUCUCAGCUCCUGAGCUCAUCCAGAGAGUGCUAACCUUUGCCCUUUCGGAUGAGGUGCGUCCCCAAGACACUGUGUCAGUUAUUGGGGGCGUGGCCGGUAGCAGCAAGCAAGGCCGCAAAGCAGCAUGGAAGUUCGUCAAAGACAAUUGGGAGGAGCUUCAUAACCGUUACCAGGGUGGAUUCCUCAUAUCACGGCUCAUCAAGCUAACUGUUGAUGGAUUUGCAAUUGACAAAAUGGCUGCAGAAGUGAAGAGUUUCUUUGAGAGUCACCAUGCACCAGCAGCUGAGCGUACUGUCCAGCAGUGCUGCGAGAACAUUCUUCUGAAUGCAGCGUGGCUGAAACGGGAUGCCGAAGACAUCCACCAGUAUUUAGUGCAGCGCAAGGUGCCCCCUGUCUGACCCUUGACCUCUGACCCUGGCCUCUCCUGACCUGCUCACUCACUCACUCAGAUCUCCCAGCAAAUCAUCGCUGCCUCUGCCCCUCCGCCGACCAGAGAGCGAGAGUAUCCAGAAACCAAACGGGCUUUGUUUUUCUAUAUCCAGUGACAAUAAAAUGAUUACAGCACCGCAGCUCCAUCUUGAGAAUUACCCAAGAGAAAUCUACAUUGAGACGGAAGAACCUAAACUGUCAGAAGCGUGAUGAGGUAUGCCGUACCCUGUUCUGCCUGCUGGAGGAGUUGCUUUAUGCGCAAAGAUGUGAAUGGAAAUGGCCAAAAUGCCAGAUUUGGAUUUUUUUUUUUUUCUUUCUUUUUUUGUCUUUUCUUUUUAAAGAUGGUAACGCAUGCAAAUACUUUCUACAGUUAGCUCUCAAUCAGUACAGUUCUCUGCCAGACAUUUCCGUAUGCACAUUUACACAGUAUUACGAUAACUGUGAACUGUUUUGCUCUUACACCUUUCUCUUUAAUAAGAGGCAUGCUUGCAACCUUUGAUAUCACUGAUUUAAAGUCUAUUUUUUUUUCCAUGUAUGUUUUCUGUGCAAACAGUAAUCGACGACUUCUGCCGUGUCAUCCGUGAUGAUGGCCAUAGCCAGUUUUACCUAGAAUCACCCUGAGAUGUGGCUUGGCAGAAUGGGGUUAAAGGUCAUGGUGGUGUGGUUGUAGAAUGGACAUUUUAAUGGCAACGGCACUGAUUCCCCCAAUGCUGAAUGGUUAAACCAGACCAAACGGCGUAAGCAUGGUACUGUAUGUAUAUUGUAUAAUGCAAGUAUUCUUUGCUGAGACCUUCAGCUAAUUUGAAUUGCGUCAUGCAUUUCUUUCUGUGAAACCAUCCCCUCUUCCGCAGCACACUCCCAAUGGCCUGUCCCUCUCAAGCAACGACACCACGGCAAGAUUUAUAGCAGAGAAAGUCAUUUAGGAUACCCCUGCAUCUGCCACAUCAAAACUGAGUUGUAAAAAAAAACAUACAUUUUAUAAAGUGUAUAUUCAACAAUUAUUUUAAUGUGAAAGUCACAGCUGAAAUAGAAUAAACAUACUUGGGCCUUUUGGAAUCUAUCAACUCAGUCUAGAUCAAGUCAUGGCCUUCCUGAAGCUUUGAAGUGAUGAAGCUGGUGAUUUACUCUGCAAUUGUGCUCUGAGGCCUUAAAUCGGUAAAACUGGUUCGCAAUAAUGAUUAUUCAGACCAGAUUGGUUAUUGUACUUAAACAUGCAGGUAAAUGUCAAUCAGAUGUUACAGAUACACAUAGGCUUGUUGAGCGAGUAUGUCUAUUAAAAAUAUAUCCAAUGUGGCUCAUAACUUUUACAGGAGAUCAAGCUGUCCAACUCUUUUCCCGAAACAUUUGAUGUGCUUUUGUUUAAGCAUACAAUUGGUGUUCAUUAAAGAUUAAAAGAAAUGGAGAAAAAGCCUACUCUCAAGUAGUAAAACGAUUUUAUGUGUCAGAUGUGAAUGCGCAUGCUUACUUUUUAUUUUCCAAUAAUGCUAAAACUGAACUGAUCGUUUUAGUCUAUAUUACUAUUAAUUGCUUAUGCAAGAAGCAAACUGUAAAUAAAUGUCAGCAUGUAGCUGAAGUCAUUCUAUAUUGUAAGUAGAGUCAAAUGAUGAUUAGCUGCAGUCACGUGCCUGUCCCAGAGAUGGCCUUCAAAUAAUGAGCUGUUCAGUUACACGUACCACUAUUGAAUUAAAUUAUUCACCCCAGUGAUAAAUUCAUCAGUGUUUAACCGGUCAUUCAGAACGUACUUUUUUUUCUUUCUUUUUUUUUUUAAAGUCUUGUUUACAUGUUUUUAUGUCCACAAGACUUUCUGGGCCAUGUGAGACCUUCGUCAGUGUGCCGAUGAGAUUUCAGUGUAAGCACUAAACACUUGAGCUUACAUAGCUGGGUGUACAGUAAAUAUUGAUGGUUUCCUAUGGGUUUAAUGCGAGAGUGCGGCACCUCUUUUUCUGUUUUAUUUUUGAACAGUAGCCUCUGCUCAGUGUUUUGGUAUUUGAUUCAUGAAAGGCAUUUUUUAAACAAAUGGUGCAGUUGGAAAUGUAGGGUUGCAUUGCCCUCUAGCAAAAACUGCUUAAACUCAGUAGGCAUAGUAGGCCUUGCAAGUCACUGUGCACCGAGUUGAGUCUCCCAGUUCUCUAGUGCUGGUUUCUGAUGGAACAACUUUGCUCUUCAUUAUUCCAUGUAUGCAAUACAGACUACUGAUUAAUUUAUUAUUGCUGCCCAUUAGUCUAUUAGUGACCUUUUAGCUCUUCAGUAGUAUGGUAGUGCAGGUGUUUAUACUGUGAAAUAAUGUGAACAAAAGCAGUUUAAUAUUGUCACUUUUCACGUUGGGAGUGUCUAAGGCGUUAUCAGCUCAACCCUUUGUUUUCUUUCUUGUGGCCAACGGAACAUCUGUUUAUUAACUCUUACUCAUAUUUCAAAAUGUAUAUCAUUCAUAGCCGAAUAUGGCAACUUGUCAUAUUAGUGGUGUGAAUAUUUAAGAAAACGUGUUUUAAGAAAUAAGAUGGCCCCUAAUAUUUCUCAGGCAAGAGAAGUGGAAAAAGCAAUGUUUAAAAUGUAUUUAAUUUCAGAGAACUGGGUUAAAUUACCUGGACGCAGGGUAUACUUAUGAAAAAGGGUUGUGUUAUGCAAGCAUGCACCAAAAAAAUCUGAAUGAUUGACUGAUGAUACUGUCAGAGCUUCCUUUGGUGGGGGAAAGAAAACAUGAUUAAAAAAAAUUGGGAUUA